AACAAGUUGAAUGUGUCCGAAAGUGGAAACCUCAAAGAUAUCCUUGACAGUUGACAGUGUAGUUUUUGUUGUUGUUGUAACUUUCUAUUGUAGUGCAGAGUUAUAUUGUCUGUUAUAAAAAAAAAAAAAAUGCCGUAUGCUAAUCAGCCGACUGUACAUAUCACAGAUCUGACUGAAGAAAAUGUGAGAUUUCAGAUUGAGGACACAGACUUGAGUGUUGCUAAUAGCAUGAGAAGAGUUUUCAUAGCGGAAACACCAACGAUGGCCAUUGAUUGGGUGCAACUUGAAGCCAAUUCAACAGUCCUUAGUGAUGAGUUUUUGGCACAUCGCAUUGGAUUAAUACCAUUGACAUCUGAUGAAGUGGUUGACCGCAUCCAUUAUACAAGGGACUGUUCGUGCAUGGAUUUCUGCCCAGAAUGCAGUGUAGAGUUUACAUUAGAUGUGAAAUGCACAGAUGACCAAACAAGACAUGUAACAACAGCAGAUUUAAAAUCAAGUGACCCUCGUGUUGUGCCUGUCACAUCUCGACACAGAGAAGAUGAUGCAAAUGAAUAUGGAGAAACAGAUGAGAUUUUAAUAGUAAAACUGCGAAAGGGCCAAGAGUUGAAAUUAAGAGCUUAUGCAAAGAAAGGCUUUGGAAAAGAACAUGCAAAAUGGAACCCUACAGCUGGUGUGUCAUUUGAGUAUGACCCAGACAAUUCCAUGAGACACACACUAUUCCCUAAGCCAGAUGAAUGGCCAAAAAGUGACUACACGGAACUGCCAGAAGACCAACAUGAGGCACCAUAUACAUGGGAAGCGAAACCUAAUAAAUUCUUCUUCUGUGUUGAAAGUGCAGGAGCUUUGCGGCCUGAAAAUAUUGUGACAAUGGGUGUGGCUGUAUUAAAGAACAAGUUGUCCAAUUUGCAAACCCAGCUGAGCCAAGAACUUCACAUUGAUGAUCUUACAAUCCAUUGAAUCUGUGCAGCAUAUUAUUGAAGAAUUCUGUUAUUAGAUUGUGUAGAAUUGAUGUUAUUUUUGUGGAGAAAUUUGUGACAUUUCAUUACAAGUACUAUUAGUUCUCUUCACCUUUCUGUGCUGCAAAGGGGCAGUUGCCAAUAGUGUAAUCAACAGGUCUUCAGCAGUCAUAUGGCUUGUUAUUUUCAUUUCCACAAGGAAACUUAAAUGUGAUACUAAAAAUGUCAUUCAAGAGUUUGACUUGCACAAUCAAAUUGCUGGAGUAUUCUUAAUACACUAUUUAAGAGUACGUUGUUUUACUGUGGUUCUGUGGGCAAAAUUUUAGACUUUUCUUGGAAAUAUCUCUACUCAGAAAUGACUUUGACUUGCUUGCCUUCGGAGAGCUAUAAAUUAACAAACAUACUAAAUAAUUAGUAUGUAUAGCCAAAUUCAAGGAUAUUCUGUAAUACUGCUGCUACAAGUGUUUUAUCUGUAACAGAACAGAAAAAAAAAAAAAAAAAAAAAACAUACUGAGUUUUGUAAAUGAUCUGUUCAUGUUAUUACAGCUAUGAAACUUAGGUCUCAUGUUGAAACCAGCAAUUUAGAGACAUCCCAAUGAAAAACUUAUUCUGCCCUGUGCUUAAAAAAGGUUUGCAGCAUCUUGAGUUUCGUAAAUGAUCUGUUCAUGUUGUUACAGCUAUGAAACUUAGGUCUCAUGUUGAAACCAGCAAUUUAGAGACAUCCCAAUGAAAAACUUAUUCUGCCCUGUGCUUAAAAAAAGUUUGCAGCACAAAAAGUAGAAUGAUUAUAGUUUCAGAACAAAUGAUGAUGAGUAGAGGUAGGAAAAAAAAGCCACUUUUGGGACAAUGCAAUAAGAAUUCAUAAGGUGGAUAUAAUUAACCUAAUUAUCAAGUCAGUUCAAAAUAUCUAUAAGAGCUUACACAACUUAUAGUAGAUGGGAACAGUAAGCAUCUCCUUGGUAAAAUUAACUACUCAUGUAAACUUUUCGUUUCCCUCAGAAAUUACCUACUCUUGUUGAUUCCCAAGAUCAAUGCUUCUCUACUUAACGAGAUUGGUAAUCACAGCCUAUACUUUCAUUGUCAGUUUGUUUUAUAAAAUCAAGUUUUUUGUAAAUAAAAGCUGUUUUUUUUUUUUUUUUUAAGGAUUGGAUGUUUUAAAAUUUUGGUAUGUAUUAAGUGCUUUCAACUUGUUGUUGUUGUGGUCUUCAGUCCUGAGACUGGUUUGGUGCAGCUCUCCAUGCUACUCUAUCCUGUGCAAGCUUCUUCAUCUCCCAGUACCUACUGCAACCUACAUCCUUCUGA